GGAAGCCAGUCUGAGCUUUGCCCGGCUGGCUACUGCGGUGGGCGGGGUCGGCCGGGCCAGUCCCGCACGGUCUUCUCCACUGACCCGGCACCCCUAGAGGCGGCGCCGUUAAAGCCACGCCUUCCGUGUUGUCUCCGGAUGGCUCUGAAGCGAUGUCGUAGGCUCGCCGGGGCGGAGACUCGGGCCGCUCCUCUCAGAGGCUAGGACCCGAGCGGCGUCGUCACCCGCUUGGAUUCUUCCGGUUUGUGGUGGCUGCGUCGCGUCUUUCCGAAGGCUAGGGAUACGCCCUCCCUAGACCCUGCCGUCGCCCUCCUUUCAGCAUCGAACCUGAGUUGCUCCGGGACACCUCCAGCCCAACCUUCUUUCGCUCAGGUUCUCUCCCUUUGGAGGACCUCGGCCCCCCAUUGCCCACUUUCCUGGAUGUGCUGGCCCCUCCCACCCCUCUAAAAUGUCCAAUAACCUACAGAGGGUCUUCCUGAAACCCGCAGAGGAAAAGUCAGGCAACGCCUCGCAGUGUGUUUCAGGCUGCAUGUACCAAGUAGUUCAGACGAUUGGCUCCGAUGGAAAAAAUCUUCUGCAAUUACUUCCAAUUCCUAAUUCUUCUGGAAAUCUUAUACCGCUAGUUCAAUCUUCAGUCAUGUCUGAUGCUUUGAAAGGGAAUACAGGAAGCCCAGUUCAAGUUACUUUUCAGACUCAGAUUUCCAGCUCUUCCACAAGUGCAUCAGUUCAAUUGCCCAUUUUUCAGCCAGCCAGUUCUUCAAACUAUUUUCUUACAAGAACAGUAGAUACAGCAGAAAAAGUUAGAGUUACUUCUGUGGGAACUGAAAAUUUUACCUCAUCAGUUUCUAAAGUUCAGAGUCAUGGUGUGAAAAUUGAUGGACUCACCAUGCAAACAUUUGCUGUUUCUCCUUCCUCAACACAAAAUGAUUCACCUUAUAUUUUAGUAAAUACUCAGAGUCUUCCAAUGACUGUGAAGUCUCCAGUUUUGCCUUCUGGGCAUCAUUUACAGAUUCCUGCCCAUGCUGAAGUGAAAUCUGUACCAGCGUCUUCAUUGCCUCCUUCAGUUCAGCAAAAGAUACUUGCAACUGCAACCACAAGUACCUCAGGAACAGUUGAGGCCUCCCAAAUACCAACUGUUAUUUACGUAUCUCCUGUAAAUACAGUGAAAAAUGUAGUUACCAAGAACUUUCAAAACAUUUACCCAAAACCUGUUACAGAAAUAGCAAAGCCAGUGAUACUAAAUACCACACAAAUUCCAAUGAAUGUUGCUAAAGAGACACAGUUAAAAGGUGGUCAGCAUUCUCAAGCUGCUCCUGUGAAAUGGAUUUUUCAAGAAAAUCUACAGCCUUGCAGUCCAUCUCUUGUUCCUGUUAAGUCUUCAAAUAAUGUGGCUUCAAAGAUUUUAAAAACUUUUGUAGAUAGGAAAAAUUUGGGAGAUAACACUAUAAAUAUGCCAUCACUAAGUACUCUCAGUCCUAGUGGGACACAAUCCAAAAGUAUGCCUAUUAAAGAUAAUGCCUUGGUUAUGUUUAAUGGGAAAGUCUAUCUAUUGGCUAAAAAGGGGACAGAUGUUUUGCCAUCACAAAUUGACCAACAGAAUUCUAUUUCUCCUGAUAUUCCACCAAGAAAAGAUACAUCACAAAUAGUGAGUUCAAGUCCAAUCACAGAAAUAUCCAGAGAGGUUGUAAAUAUUGUUUUGGCUAAAAGUAAAUCUUGCCAGAUGGAGACAAAAUCACUUUCAAAUACUCAGCCUGCUUCCAUGAUCAAUCUAAGGGCAGAGAAGAAUAAAAAAGUGGAGAAACCAUCUCUUUCUACCCCAAACCCACAUAAUAUGAAUCAAUCCAUUAACUACUUAAAACAGAGUAAGACUUUAUUCACAAAGCCACACUUUCCAGAUGGAUUUAGUACAGUACAAAAUGCCCCCAGAAAAGGAAAUAUCAUCCAAAGCAUAGAGAAAAUAAGUUCCUCUGUUGAUGCAACAACUCUUACUUCACAACAGUGUGUUUUCAGAGACCAAGAACCAAAGAUUCAGAAUGAGAUGGCAUCAACAUUCAAAAAAGUUACUCAAGAAAGAAAUGACAAGAACCAUUCCCAAGGAGGAAGCAGUAAGGCAUCAUAUCUGAAGAGUGAUGCAGAAUUUAAAAAGAUAUUUGGUCUCACUAAAGAUUUGAGAGUAUGCCUUACUCGUAUUCCUGAUCAUUUGGCCUCUGGAGAAGGUUUUGAUUCCUUUAGCAGUUUGGUGAAGAGUGAUACUUACAAAGAGACUGAAUUGAUAGUGAAGGAAGAAAAGAAAAAACAGGGUUUUGAUAAAAAAAGAAAAGCAAAAACCGUUAAGAAGAUGGAUCAUACAAAGAAGAGAAAAACUGAGAGCGUGUAUAACACAGCUGCAAAUGGAGGAACUAACGUCACCAAUUCCCAACUCGUCAGCAGUAUUUUACCAACUUCAGAUGUAUCAUGCCAUAACAUUCUCACAAGCCGCAACAAAACCAGAGAAGAAAAGAGAACUGAGGUUGAACAUUAUACCCCUGAGAACCAGGAAAAAGGCACAUUGAGUUCAAAUGCAGCUUUUGAACAGAGUCAUUCCUUUAAUAAAAAUUACACUGAAGAUAUUUUCCCCAUGACGCCACCAGAGUUAGAAGAAACCAUUCGAGAUGAAAAAAUAAGAAGACUUAAACAGGUUCUGAGAGAGAAAGAAGCAGCUCUUGAAGAAAUGCGUAAGAAGAUGCAACAAAAAUAAUAAAAUAUUGCUAUACUUAAA